AUGGUUAAGUUUGAAAAAGUGCCCAUUUUGGGCAAAGAAUCUAUCCAUGUCGGUUAUGAUAUCCACACUGACAUGGUUCAGACAAUUAUCAACGAUUGUCGGUCAUCUACAUAUGUGGUAGUCAAUGACACAAAUUUGAGUAAAGUUCCCUACUGCCAAGAUUUCGUUCAAGAAUUAAGGUCUAGUUUACCAGAAGGUUCACGUCUUUUGCAAUAUGCGGUUAAACCAGGUGAAGCCAACAAGACAAGAAGUACGAAGGCCGAUAUUGAAGAUUAUUUGUUAUCGAAGGGAUGUACCCGUGAUACUGUGAUUAUUGCCAUUGGUGGCGGUAUCAUUGGUGACAUGGUUGGAUUUGUUGCAGCUACAUUUAUGAGAGGUGUCCGUGUGGUGCAAGUUCCUACAUCUCUUUUAGCCAUGGUGGAUUCAUCUAUCGGUGGUAAAACCGCCGUGGAUACACCAUUAGGUAAAAACUUUAUCGGUGCAUUUUGGCAACCUCAGUUUGUGCUAGUUGAUGUUAAAUGGUUAGAAACUUUACCCCGUAGAGAGUUUAUUAAUGGUAUGGCAGAAGUGAUCAAGACUGCAUGUAUUUGGAAUGGCCUAGAAUUCGAAAGAUUGGAAUCAAAUGCAGAGCUCUUUUUAAGAGUGGUCAAUGGCUCUAAAGUGAUUAAAGUUAAUGGCUUAAGUACAGGUGAAGUAAAUGACAUUCACUAUACAAACAUCGAAGCCAUGCUAGAACAUACCUUUAAGUUAGUUCUUGAAAGUAUAAAGGUGAAGGCAGAAGUGGUUUCAUCUGAUGAACGUGAAUCAAGUCUAAGAAAUUUAUUAAAUUUCGGCCAUUCUGUGGGUCAUGCAUAUGAAGCUAUUUUGACACCUCAAGCCUUACACGGUGAAUGUGUCUCCAUUGGUAUGAUCAAAGAAGCCGAGUUGUCACGUUAUUUAGGUAUUUUAUCACCUACCCAAGUGUCGCGAUUAACUAAGAUUCUAGCAGCAUACGGAUUACCCAUUUCACCAGAGGAAAAAUGGUUUAAAGACUUGACUUUACAGAAGAAGACACCUUUGGACGUCUUAUUACAAAAGAUGAGUAUCGAUAAGAAGAAUGAUGGUUCGAAAAAGAAAGUGGUUAUUCUGGAGAGCAUUGGGAAAUGUUAUGGUAAAUCUGCUCACUACGUUAAUGACGAAGACCUGAAAUUUGUUCUCACUGAUGAAACUUUAGUCUAUCCAUUCAGCAAUAUUCCUCAAGAACAGGCAAAGACAAUUGUACCUCCAGGCUCAAAAUCUAUUUCAAACCGUGCUCUAAUCUUGGCGGCACUAGGUAAAGGAACUUGCAAGAUCAAGAAUUUGUUACAUUCUGAUGAUACGAAACAUAUGCUUACAGCUGUGCAAGAAUUGAAGGGCGCUUCUAUCACUUGGGAAGACAAUGGUGAAACGGUGGUGUUGGAAGGACAUGGUGGUGAAACCUUAACUGCGUCAGCAGAUCCAUUAUACUUGGGUAACGCGGGCACAGCAUCCAGAUUCUUGACCACUUUGGCAGCUUUGGUAAAUUCUUCAUCUAAGCAGGACUAUGUGGUUCUAACGGGUAAUGCUAGAAUGCAACAGAGACCUAUUGGUCCACUAGUUGAUUCUCUACGUACUAACGGUACCAAGAUCGAUUAUUUAAAGAGCGAAGGCUCUUUGCCACUAAAAAUCUAUACCAGUACUCCUUUCAAAGGUGGUAGAAUCGAAUUGGCGGCUACCGUUUCAUCGCAGUAUGUGUCAUCUGUGUUGAUGUGUGCACCAUAUGCAGAGAACCCUGUCACGUUGGCAUUAGUCGGCGGUAAACCUAUUUCCCAAUUGUACGUGGAUAUGACUAUUAAGAUGAUGGAGAAAUUCGGAAUUAAAGUAGAGGUCUCUACUACAGAACCAUAUACCUAUCACAUUCCUAAAGGCCAAUACACCAAUCCUCCAGAAUACAUCAUUGAAAGCGAUGCUUCUAGCGCUACAUAUCCACUUGCAUUUGCUGCUAUGACUGGUACUACGGUCACCGUUCCCAAUAUUGGUUACGAAUCCUUACAAGGUGAUGCUAGGUUUGCUAUUGAAGUUUUGAGACCAAUGGGAUGUAAAGUUGAACAAACUGCUAACAGUACAACAGUGACAGGACCCCCAACCGGUUCUCUGAGACCAUUAAAACACGUCGAUAUGGAACCAAUGACAGAUGCAUUUUUAACUGCUUCUGUAGUGGCAGCUGUUGCCCACGAUAAUGAUACGGAUUCUGCUAAUGUGACAACCAUUGAAGGUAUUGCUAACCAACGUGUUAAAGAAUGUAAUAGAAUUGAAGCUAUGAGUACCGAAUUGGCAAAGUUUGGUGUUGCCACAAAGGAAUUGCCAGAUGGUAUUCAGAUCCAUGGUAUCAAUUCUCUCGAUCUAUUACAAUUACCUUCAAACUCUACUGGUCCAAUUGGAAUUGAAUCGUAUGAUGAUCACCGUGUGGCCAUGAGUUUAUCACUAUUAGCGGGCAUGGUAAAUUAUUCCAAGAGCCAUCCUGCUGCUGAUAUUAAGCCAGUUAGAAUCUUGGAGAGAAGAUGCACUGGUAAGACUUGGCCAGGCUGGUGGGAUGUACUACACACUGAACUAGGCGCCCAUCUAGAUGGUGCUGAGCCUCUAGGGUACCUAUCUGGUAAGAAGACCAAGAGAAGUGUCGUUUUAAUUGGUAUGAGAGCCGCUGGAAAGAGUACAUUGGGUCGCUGGUGUUCUCAAAUCUUGGGAUAUGAACUCUGCGACUUGGACGUCCUAUUCGAGAAGCAAUAUGCUAAAGGCACCGUGAAGGACUUUGUAGCUGAACAUGGUUGGGAUAAAUUUAGAGAAGCGGAAGCCAACUUAUUCAAAGAGACCGUUGAACAAUAUGGUGACGGUGGUUAUGUUUUUUCCGCCGGUGGCGGCCUCGUGGAGAAUGAAGUCUCCAGAGAACAUCUCAAGAAGUAUGCCUCUGAUGGUGGUGUAGUUUUGCAUCUACACAGAGAUAUUGAAGAGACGAUUGUUUUCCUACAAUCUGAUCCUACUAGGCCAGCAUACAUGGAAGAAAUUAGAGAUGUAUGGGAAAGAAGAGAGAAAUGGUAUAAUGAAUGCAGCAACUUCGCCUUCUUGGCUCCUCACUGCUCUAAUGAGAAAGAAUUCCAACAUCUAAGAAAAUCCUUUGCCAACUACAUCACUGCAAUUACAGGAAACAGGGAAGUUCAAGUACCUAACAAGAGAUCUGCAUUCGUGUGUUUAACAUUCGGAGAUUUGACAGAAAAAGCAAGUGUUCUACCAUCUAUCGUUCGUGGCUGUGAUGCUGUAGAGUUAAGAGUUGACCAUUUGGCCAAGUACGAUAGCCAGUUUGUCAGCAAACAACUGUCCACCCUACGUACUGCAACUAACGAUUUGCCAAUUGUUUUCACUUUGAGGACCAAAAAACAAGGAGGUAAAUUUCCCGAUGAAGAUUAUACCGGAAUGGCAAGGUUGUUCGAUGUGGCUCUCAAGGCUUGUGUUGAGUACAUAGAUUUGGAACUGACUUUACCUAUUGACGUUCAGUACAAGGUUUCUAACACAAAAGGCUAUACUAAGAUCAUAGGUUCUCAUCAUGAUUUUGGCGCUAAAUACCCAUGGAAGGAUCCUGAAUGGGAAAACAGAUACAAUCAGGCCUUAUCUCUCGAUGUCGAUGUGAUUAAGUUCGUCGGUACUGCCACCAAAUUCGAGGAUAAUUUAGCGCUUGAAAGGUUUAGGGAAGAACACAAGUCCAAACCAUUGAUUGCCAUUAACAUGGGUGAGAUUGGUAAAAUUUCUCGUGUGCUCAAUCCAAUCUUGACACCAAUCACAUCAGAACAUUUGCCAAAUUCUUCUGCACCUGGUCAAUUGACGUUGGCCCAAAUUAACAAGAUUUUUGCCUCUAUGGGUGGUAUUACUUCCAAGAAGUUUUUCGUAGUUGGUAACCCAGUGAGCCAUUCUAGAUCCCCCGUUCUACACAAUACUGGUUACAAAUUGAAUGGUCUUCCACACCAUUUCGAUAGAUUUGAAACUGAUUCUGCUCAAGUAGUUAAAGAAACACUUUUAGAUGGUGAACCAAGCUUGGGUGGUCUAGCAGUAACAAUCCCAUUGAAACUAGAUAUCAUGAAGUACAUGAAUCAACUGACGGAUGCCGCAAGAGUCAUCGGUGCCAUGAACACCGUGAUCCCAUUGGGUAAUCAUCAUUUCAAGGGUGAUAAUACUGAUUGGAUUGGUAUCAAACACAGUUUGACAAGUAACGGUGUUCCUGAAAAGGUGUCGAAUGUGGCGGGUCUUGUCAUCGGUGCCGGUGGUACUUCUCGAGCUGCCAUCUAUUCCCUCCACAACUUGGGAUGUCACAGAAUCUUUGUGAUUAACAGAACCGUGUCUAAAUCCAUUGAACUAAGAGACAGCUUCCCUCAAGAGUACAACGUCGUUGCAGCAGAGACUACACAACAAAUUGAUCACUUGAAUGAACAUAUUGGCAUUGCCGUCAGCUGCGUUCCAGCCGACAAGGAUCUCGACACUGAAUUAUUAGCAAAGUUAGAAAGAUUCCUACACAAAGGCAAGCAUAAUUCGUUUGUUCCCACACUAUUGGAGGCAGCUUACAAACCAGAUGUUACACCUGUGAUGAAAUUAGCACAUGACAAGUACCAAUGGCAAGUGGUUCCAGGAAGAGAAUUACUAGUUCACCAAGGUGUAGCUCAGUUUGAAAUCUGGACUGGUGCCAAAGCCCCAUUUCAGGAAAUAUUUAAUGCGGUGACGAGGGAUUAG